AUGGCGGAGAUGGAGGAGGCUGGCGCAAACCAUGCGAACGACUCCACGGCUACGAAACCCAAAGCCAAUCCCUAUGAAACCAGCCUCGAGCACAUUCCCAGCGAUGACCCAUUCAUCUCCCAAAGUGUACAUUACGGCCGAUACACGCCGCGCGCCGACGAUUUCACACCUCGCUUCAUGCACUGGUACCGGCCUGACCCAGCCGUCAAUGCUUUCUGGGAGCAGGUUGCACAGAAAUACUGUACUUCAGAGUACUCACUCAACAUCUCCGGGCCUCGGGAGGCUUUUGCGGUGGGAAGUAUAAUAAUUCGGGUGGAUCGCGAAUUGGUGGACGGACUCGCGGCUGAGGGAUAUUCAUAUGCAAAUGAAAAUGAGCUGUUAGCGGCGCAAAAGGCAGAGGAUUCGCUCAGAGAUAUCGGCGUGGCAGUGCCAGUCAUAUAUUUCUACGGGACGAUCGAGGGCAGAAAUGUCACAAUCGAGUCGCGCAUUGCGGGCGUCUCCCUGGAAGUUGCAUGGAAAUAUCUCGACCGAGAGCAGAUCGAAGGUCUCAAAAAUCAGUCUCGUCAGAUUAUACAACGUCUCGGGAAAAUUGGCUCCACUACAGAUGAACCGUCCUAUGUCUGCCGUGACCUUAAUGCGCACAACGUGCCCUCCGUCGAAUCCCGCGAACGAGAUAUCCUAUUUACCACAAAAGACAAGGAGGACGACUUCUGUCUAGCACACAACAAUCUGGUCCCGAGCAAUAUCAUAGUCCGGGACGAUCGGGUAGUGGGGAUCGCGGGAUGGCGACAAUGCGGAUAUUUUGGCACGGCCAGGGCGAAGAAGGUUCAUCAGCUCUUCAGGGAUCUUGAUCCUGCACCUCAAAAUGGCGUAGCCAGUUCCGAGAAAAUUGCGACUUGGACUGACCUCUACGAUGGCGCCUACGACCCAAGCAAUGGUACUCCGCUGGUCGCCAACCAAGAUACGCCCCUUCCAUCAGUGAAAACUGAACCGACAAGCAAUGAUCUCGACAAAAUCUCACCAAGCAAUGACGUGGAGACGGGUUUCGAUGGUACGGGCGACUAUGCAACGUCGAAGACAGUGACCAACCUCAAGAACGGUAUUACCUCGAGAGCACCAUCGUCCGACCGAUCAUCCCCCGCAAAUUCCGUCAAGCCGGCAAACAAAAAGCCCGCGGCCAAAAAGGGCACCGCGAAGAAGCCUGCUCCCAAAAAGCGCAAGGGUAAUGACCCAGACACAGAGAGCAUCGAUGGGCGACGUUCCAAUACACCCGCACCCCGGGCCAGCAAAACACCUGGCAAGAAGCAAGGCUCUGUCUCGAUAGCGGGAUCGCCACCUCCCGAGGAGAAGAAAAAGCCAACGAAGAAGAAGAAGAAAAAAGGGACCCAAGGCAGCUGCUACUCAGGACAAUGA